AUGACUUCCCGCGACGGCUUCACCUGGACACCUUCUGAUGGUCUGAAACCCGGUGUGCCUUCCCUCGGUGUCAUAUCGCCAUCUUCAAACAUCAGCAGCACACAAGUCGAGUACGAUGUCAUAGUCAUUGGCGCUGGUUACUGUGGCUUAACAGCUGCUCGCAAUGCCGCACUGGACGGUCUCAAAGUCCUCCUUCUAGAAGGCCGUGACCGGAUUGGAGGACGCUCAUGGUCGAGCAAUAUCGGCGGCUACCCCUUCGAAAUGGGCGGCACUUGGGUCCAUUGGGGACAGUCGAAUUCCUGGCGCGAAAUUACGAGAUAUCGCAUGGAGAAGGACGUUGAGAUGAGUUUUGAUUUCGCGAAGGGCGUGAAGCACUUCGAGCUAAACACACCCGAGAGCUCUGUGACUAUGACACACGACGAUGAAGAUAUACUCCUCGACUCGGCCCUAAAGAAAUUCACAAAUAUUGACGGUUUUUACGGUCGCAAAACGAUCCCGCUUCCAUAUACUACUUUCCACCAACCCUCUUCCAUCCCUCUCGAUUCUCUCUCCGCACUCGACCGCAUCAACGAGAUCGCGGACACACUAUCGCCACAGGAACGCGCGGUACUCGAGGCCUCAAUCCUGCUCGCCAGCGGUGGAACUCUCGAAACAACAUCCUUCCACGAGUUCAUGCACUGGUGGGCCAUGUGCGGCUACACAUACCAAGGCUGGCUCGACAUGCUGAUCACCUGGAAAUUCCGCGACGGACAGUCCACCUUCGCCCGACGCUUCUUCGACGAAGCACUCGCCACCAAGCGCUUAUCCUACGCUUUCAAUACGCCCGUGCAACACAUCUCCACCUCGCCCUCUGCUGUCGAGAUCACCUCGCGAUCAAACACCACAUACCGCGCCCUCCGCGCAAUCUGCACAAUCCCGCUGAACGUAUUAUCCGACAUCAAAUUCACCCCGCCUCUCCCCACAGGCAAACAAGCAGCGAUCGCAAUCGGCCACGUCAACCAGACCGUCAAAGUCCACGCCGAAGUCAGCAACAAGGACCUCCGCUCCUGGACCGGAAUAAACUACCCCAACGAACUCCACUACGCGAUCGGCGACGGCACCACACCAGCGGGAAACACACACAUCGUAUGCUUCGGCGGGCAAAACAGACACAUGGACCCUGAAGUCGAUGUGGACCGCACAAAGCGCGCUGUCAGCAGUCUUUUCAACCCCGGAAACUACGCCGGGCAGAAUGUGCAGAUCGAGCGCCUGGUGUUUCACAACUGGAGCAAAGACGAGUUUGCAAAGGGCGCGUGGUUCUUUGCGCCGCCGGGGCUGCUGAGCGAGCAUUUGGAUGAUAUGAGGGGAAGGCAUGGGAAUGUUGUGUUUGCCAAUUCAGACUGGGCGCUUGGGUGGCGGAGCUUUAUUGAUGGGGCUAUUGAGGAGGGGACGAGGGCCGAGUUGGAGGUUAGGGAGGAGGUUGUGGGGUUGAGAGGUGUGAAGCAGAAAUUGUGA